GAUCGAAAAACAAAAGGCGAUCGUUUGUCGUGAUGUUUAUUUUGAACAGGAAGUAGAAAUAUUCGCUAUUGAGCUUUCCUUUUUCACACUGUUAAGAAAGGUCUGGUCUAUUGCCUGUUUGUCUGCAACGCAGGUAUGCGGCUGUUUUUUCUGGUCGCGGUCACGCUGGUGUCCCUUGCUCCCGAGGUGGUUAGAGGAGGAGAGAAGAAGAAGCUGCAGAUUGGUAUCAAGAAGAGGAUCGACAACUGCCCCAUCAAGUCCCGAAAGGGGGAUGUGCUGAACAUGCACUACACUGGAAAGCUGGAAGAUGGAACGGAGUUUGACAGCAGCAUUCCCAGGAACCAGCCGUUCACCUUUACCCUCGGUACCGGCCAGGUCAUCAAAGGGUGGGACCAGGGCCUGCUGGGUAUGUGUGAAGGUGAGAAGAGAAAGCUCGUCAUUCCGUCAGAGCUUGGAUAUGGAGACCGAGGAGCCCCCCCUAAAAUCCCAGGUGGCGCCACACUCAUUUUUGAAGUUGAACUUCUGAGCAUUGAACGUAGAUCUGACUUAUAGUGAUGGCAGACCAACAUCAAAUCAGUUACCUACUCUGUUUCUAGGUUACAGUGAUCUACUAAAGAACUACCGAUAAUAUCAGUUGAAGCCUAGAACCAAUACUUGCCAAGGAACAUUGCUUAACGUCACAAUUAACCUUUUUAUGAGCGAUCAAUAACUGUUGUAGAAAUGUUACAUGUUGCCGAAAGACCUGUCAAGCAACAACAUGCUAGUAAUGUUGUGGCUGAUUAUGAAUAACAAUUGGUAAAUACAGACUUCACUGGCAUAAUUCCCCUUUCCUAAUUUUUCCAACCUUGCUCUGGUUUAUGGUUGUAGAGUUUAGAAUAAAUUUCUUAUCUACAGAACCCACUGGAUCCAGUCAUGUAAUACGUGUCAGUGAGUUUUGACAACAUUGUUCAUUGUGUAUUCAAUGUGUUAGGUGGACACGUAAGGCAUUGUUUGUAACAGUAUUCCAGCUCUUGAUUCAAAUGAGUUUUCAAUGAGUACAACUUUAGUAAGUAACAGCCUUAAAAAAAUAAUUUAAAAAAUAAAGGUUUUGAUUUUCA